AUGGAAACUGUUUCCAUCAUCACUCACUCAGCGCUAAACAUUGAGCUUGUCUGCCAGCAAGUUUGCAGCAUGGAACAACUCAACUCCUCUGUUGUCCCUUCCAACAUCUCCUCUCCUGGACAUCCAUCUCCUGCCUCCUGGGUCUCCACCGGUCUCAUCCCUGCGAUAGUGCUGUCCUUCUGCCUCCUGCUGGGAGUUCCUGGAAACAUCGCUGUGAUCAUCCUCAAACCAAACUGGCAGCACCUGUCCACUCUGAGCCAGAGUUUGAUGCUGAAUUUGGCCAUAUCAGACUUGCUCUGCCUGCUCACCCUGCCGCUGGUGAUUUACAUUUUACUGCACAGCUGGACCAUCGGCCUGGUGACCUGUAAGCUCAUGAAGUAUCUCAUUUACUGCUGCGUUUAUGGUAGCCUGCUGACUGUGACGAUGCUGAGUGUCCAGCGCUACCUACAGGUGGUGCACCCGCAGAGGUGCUUCAAUCAGGUAGGAAGGAGGAGGCUGCUGGUUCUGCUCUGGCUGGUUGCGAUGAUCCUGUCCAUCCCUGCUUUAGUGGUUCAACAGCUGACCACAGACCAGAACUGGACAACCUGCCAAUCUCACUACUCUUCCCCGGCCCAGCAGAUAGCCGUCCUGCUGGCAGAGUCUCUGCCGGGAUUUGUUUCAAUUAUUGUCGUGAUAAUUGCAUACAGCGGCCUCCACAGAAAAGUGAACCAGGCGGUUUUCUUCAGCAACCCACAGACGACCCGGCUGGUGACAAGUAUCAUCGUGACAUUCUUCAUCCUAUGGGUACCAUAUCAUAUCACAAAUGUGCUCGAAGUUGCAGCAGUUUUGCUCAAAAACGACAGCCUGUUGAAGCUCUUCAUGGACAUCCGGAACAUUGUUGUAGCACUGGUAUUUGUGAAUAGCUGCCUGAAUCCACUCCUUUAUGCGUUUGCUUCUAGAAACAUGUGCACUGUGUGCCAAAAAAGGGAACAUACUGUUAAUGCAGAAGCACAGUUGCAGGAAGUCUAAUCAUUUGAUAUAGUAUGAUCGAUAAAAAAAACACCAAAGAGUGAAGAGCCUCAAUGAUGAUACGCUUAGAAAAAAAUCAUUUUUGUUCUCGUGGAACAAAAAGGUGUUUUUAGUCAAAAGAUCUCACGCUGAUACGCACU